CGGUUUGUCCCUCCGGCUCGCCGUAGUCCACACACACGGCGGGACCAACUGAAGCUGUGGAGCCGAAUGUGUCACAACAACAGCGAAGCGUGAACUUUUAUCUUGUUGUUUGGACAGAAAAGAGUCUGAUACUUCACCAGCACCAACAGGACAAACUACAAGGCACCAGUGUCCGGGUCCGGGUCCAGCAUGUGUUCUCUGGCGCUGUUCCCCGCUCCGCUGCCCGACGGACAGACCACUCUGUGCGAGUCCAACAACGAGCUGCUGUCCGGGAGCGACGCCGAGGAGCGACCGAAGCAGGAGUUAAGUCCACUGAGUCUGUUCUUCCCCCGAGAGUCUCUGAAGCUGCACAGCCGCACGGAGAGCAGCAGCAGGGCCGCGUUCCUGGACCACUCCGAGACACUGUGGAUGAGGAGUGCUGCGGCGUGGCGGGACAGUGGUUUGACAGGACUGCUGACAGAAAUUACCAACUCACAUACGGAGGUUCCUAAGUGUCUGUCGGUGAGUUCCGGCUGCACGCUGGCGUUGCUCCAGUGGGUCUCGUCUUUUCACGGCUCCUUGUUUCCUCAUCUCACCUUGAGCAGCGAGGACAUGAUCGCUGAGUUCUCACAAGUGCUCAACUGGUCUGACUGUGUGGUGCGAGCCUUUGCCUGGCAUCCUCACACCGAUAAAUUUGCUGUCGCGCUGCUGGACGACUCCAUCAAGAUCUACAACCCCAAAAGCGCCACGACUCCCACACUGAAGCACCGUCUGCAGAGGAGCGUGGCCGCGGUGCAGUGGAAGCCGCUGUGUGCGUCCGCCUUGGCUGUCGCUUGUCAGAACUGUGUACUGGUCUGGCACGUGGAUCCCUGCUCGCUGUCGACCAGGCCGUCGUCGGGGUGCGCUCAGGUUCUGUCUCAUCCCGGUCACUCCCCCGUCACUUCCAUCGCCUGGUCUCCCAGCGGGUCUCUGCUCGCGUCCGCCUCGCCGAUGGACACAGCGGUGAUGGUUUGGGAUGUAGCUGCAGAAAGCUGUGUGCCACUGCAGCGGGUCGGAGGAGGCGGAGUCACCUUCCUGUCCUGGUCCCCUGACGGCAGCCACGUCCUGGCCCCCACACCUUCUGCCCUGUUCAGGGUUUGGGAGACCAGGAUGUGGACCUGCGAGCGUUGGCCCUGUGUGAAAGGGCGUUGCCAGUCCGGCUGUUGGAGUCCAGACGGGAGUCGACUUCUCUUCACCGUGCAGGGAGAGACGGUCAUUUACGCUCUGACCUUCACUGACGCACCAGCAGGCAUCUCUACGGGCACAUCCAAAGGGCCCCAGGCGGCAGCUGUGGUGGCCGACCUAUCAGAGACCUCCUUCAACACAGCACACGGGGACGUCAUUGUCGGUGGGGAGAUCCAGUCUCUGGCCUGGGAUCCGAGAGGGGAGCGGCUGGCCGUGCUUCUGAAAGGUGAUCCGCAGGCGGCCGACCGGCCCGCGAUCAUCGCUGUGUUCAAGACGAGAACCAACCCCGUGUUUGAGCUUCUGCCGUGUGGUUUUGUUCAAGGGGAAGCCGACGCAGAGCCGAGACUGAUGCAGUUCCACCCCAGUUUCCAGCACGGAGCUCUGCUCACUGUGUGUUGGUCGUCGGGGAGAAUUACCCACGUACCUUUCUACUUCCUGAGCGCGGGCGUCCCGCACUUCGGCCUGAGCGGUAGUCCGUUACUGCCACGGCCGCAGGAAAGGUGCUCUGCCUUGGCCAAUCAGUCGCUCUUUACGGAGAUGAUCUCUUGACCGUCAAGCACCUUAACUCACACUCACACAUACACACACAAAAGUAAUUUUUGUUUUUAAUGAAUUGUUAAUAAAUGUGUAGAAAAAAAGUUCUUGA